AUGUCUCAAGACACCGAGCAUCCCGAAAUGGGCAACGGUAUGUUCCUUUCCAACGGUUUUGCUUUCCCAGAAAUCCGGACCAAUCGUCUUGAUAAGACGAUCUGGUGGGUUACCGCAUAUUUUGAUGAAAAAGAAAUCAACCAAAGUGACCAAGAUCUACUGACACUCAUGUUGCGCCAGAUUCACAACAAGAAGGUCAUGAUAGGUCCCAAUGGUCUCCAUCGCCAUCAAAAAUGGUGUAUCUCGAUUCCAGCUCCGACGGAUGAGCCCAUUGUGUUUGGUGAGAUCCUAGCAAGCGCACAGCUAAGAAUUCAGUACCUCCUAAGGCUAAUGGCCAGGGGUGAACUUACUAUUAACCGGUCGUAUUUCAACAGUGGCACAUAG